CAACGUUUACACACAUCUUUCUUAAUUAAUUUGCAAUUUGGUACUGGAUUUUUACAUAAUAAUAUAAUAUUUACUCAAUUCUUCUUUUUUAUGUAUGCCACUUUUCUCAUCCCACUAUACACAUCUGUCCAGUACUAUUCAAAUAAUUCCCUACCCAGAAUCCAUGAAUUGGAAGUUUAUUUAAAUCUAGGGUUUUCUUGCUUUGAAUGAUAGAGCUUGAGGCAGCUUUCCAUAAUUUCCUUAAAACCUUCCAUUAAACAUUUUCCCCAUAUCCAUUAUCUAUCUGUAAAAAGCCAUAUGGAAUUAAAGGUCUUCUUGAAGGAAACAGUAUGUCUCAGACCAAGUGAACAAUCUAAAAAACAAACAAUUGAACUUUCUGGUCUGGACAGAAUGUCUCCUGCUAUGUUCUACACUGUAUUUUUUUAUAAAUCCAAUAAUUUAGAAACUAAAUCUUCAUUUUCUAAAGCAGAAGAUAUUGUUGUUGAAAGAGCCAAAAGAGCUCUACAAAAGGUCCUGGUUUCAUGGUAUCCAGCUGCAGGAAGAUUUAGAAUCAAAGAAGAGACAGGGAAGCUUGAGAUUCUCUGCAAUGAUGAGGGUGUCACUUUAGUAACCGCAGAGACGCCUGCUAAGCUCGAAGAGCUUGGCGAACUUCGCAAUUACAAACCGUGCUAUGAAAAGCUUGUUCCUCAGCUUCCUGUUGCUGAAAAUAUUUCUGAUAAUCCACUCAUUGUUGUGCAGAUUACAAAAUUUGGUUGUGGAGGGAUUUCAAUCGGCUUAGGAGGUAGCCAUGCGCUGUUUGACGGAGUUGGUGCCUUCAACUUUCUCACAUCUUGGGCUCAUAUCUCAAGUGGCAAAGAGGAAAGUGAUCUUCUUCUUCCAAAUCAUUCUCGUGAGGCGCUUUUAAACGCUAUCGGUGCUUCUCCCAAUUCAAGUCCUGGUUGUGGUAGUUCUUCUAUUUCGAUUUAUGAGCAAGCACAUAUUGUUACCAUUCAGGAUCUUUAUGGCAUCCCCAUGCAAGCCAUGGCAUCAGACGACAAGUGCUGGGAAUCUGCACUUGCAAGGUUUGGCCAAAUUGAUAAUCAAGCCGGGCUUCAACUUGUGACACUUUGUAUGAAGAAGGAAACUGUGGAGACAUGGAAACGACUUGCAGUUCAAAGAGGGAUGCUCUCCAAGUGCUCUACGUUUGAUGUUCUAUGUGCACAUGUCUGGAAGGCAAGAGUGAAGGCACUUUCCCUGCAUCCAAACACAAACAUAUGUCUACAAUUCCCCGUAGAUUCUCGAAGCAAGCUUCAACCUCCACUUGGAAAAAACUUCACUGGCAAUGCAUUUGUCCUCGCCUCGGUCUCGUGUCAAGCAAGAAAUGUAAUAGAAGAGCCUCUUCACUUCACCAUUCAAAGAAUUCAAGCAGCAAAAGAGUUGAUCACCGAUGAAUACGUCAAACUGUAUGCCAAGGCACUCGAGUCCUCGGACAAGUUCUUCCCCUCCAUGAGAGAGCUUACCAUCAUAACCGACUGGUUGAAGUUUCCCCUCGAUGCUUUGGAUUUCGGAUGGGGAAAAGUUUCGAGUUUGGCUAUCUUGACAACACCUGUUCCUGAAGCUGCUUUUCUGAUGCUGAACCUUGAUGAAUCCGGAGGUUUCUCGGUGAGGAUUGGGAUUGGUGAUCUUCAUGUUCGUGAUUUUACCGCCAACUUCACCAACUUUAACUAUCCAUAAAAUCACCUCUUUUUAUAUUAAAAGUGAUCUUCUGAUAAUUAUCUCUAUGUUUAUCGUAAAAAACAUGGUGAUAUGGUCAAUAAAUUUUAUAUGCUAUAGCGUGUAUAAUGUGUGGUGUCAUUAUGCGAGGAACUAUAUUAAGUAUGUGUGCAUGGGCUUGUUUGAGAAUAUUGAAGAUGUGUUAGUGUAAUUGUGAAGAUAAUAUUUAAUAUUUGUGUGCAUGGCAUGUGAUUAUAAAUGUGUAGGUGGAAGAAUGAAUGUCAAGCAUUUCUAGUCCUGCCCAUCUAUUUGCAGUGACUAUAUCUGUGACAGUCAACUAAAUUGAAUCAUAAAGUGUGUAUG